AUUAUACUAGAGAAUAUUGAAAAGUAUUAUUGGAAAAAUUGGUUAUGUGAAUGCAAAAUAGAGAAUGUUAGUAUUUACUUAUAAAAAAGUCAAAAUUAUGAAUGGAAAAUAGUCUGAAAAAAAUGAGUCAUUCACAAAUGAAUGCCGAAACAUUCAUUUGAGCUUUUCGAUGGAAUCAAAUGACUUAUUCCUUUUUUCGUUAGCAAACAAAAUUUGGAGGACCUCAUGUUGAAGUUUUUCUUUUCAUAAUUUGUCAUAUAUGCAGGGAUUAUUUGUGACCGGAUAAUGUAAAUUUCACGUCCAAAGUAAUUAAAAAAUAUGCAUAUAAUCUUUGGUUCUCUAUGAAUUUAGUACAAAACCUAUUUAAAUAAUAGUAGGAAAGAAAAAAGUAUUUAACGCAUAAAAUAUGCAAUAUUUUAGAAAUAGUUCUAUAUCGGCCAAUCGGAUUGCAAAUACGGAGUACCGGAUCUCAAAUUGAUAAAUAGUUUUAGUGGUACGAAACGGUUGAACUGCGAUUAAACAACAAAUUUAUUACAAAUACUUGAUCACUGACUUGAUCACUUUUUCGGUAUAACUGCUAGACUAAAGACUAAGCAAAGAACAAUAAUAUAGGAGCCUUAUAUUAAUUUUAAAUGAGUUUCAACUAAGCAAAGAACAACAAAAUGUAGCAAAUGCUUGUUAUUGAGUAGAGAUAGUACACUGUGGACGUUGUAUACCCCAUACAAAUGGAAGGGGGAGCUUUUUGCAAACUCUGUGGCAAGCUCAAAUCCUUUUUGUUUUGUGGAUGAAAGUGCUAGACUGUGAAAGGGUUGGUUGAUAAGUAACAGCUGAUGAGUGCUCUUACAAUGGGAAGUUUCCAUUAAGACGAAUGUGAUCCAAGGUUCUACGCAAACCAUACUUGUUGUUGACAGCAGCAUUACCAGCCCUGAAUCCUCCACCAUAUGGCUGGAGAAGCAUCGUGAGCGAUUUGAUGCAUGAAGAACUCCCCAAGUUUGUGUUCCACCUCUGAUCUCCCACCUUUCUUUGAAUUGGAAUAGGAGGAAGAAGAAGAAGAUGUUGCUGAUGUCGAUGCCAUAUUGCUGCUUCUGGAUCCUGGUAAUACUUCGGAUUCAAGCCACAUAUAGAACCUGACAGAUCAGAUCCCUUCCUCUACCUCAGGGUUUAGGUUCCUUUACCCUGGAAAACCCAAUAGGGAAAAACAAUUAGCGAUGGCUUGUUGCAGAAGAAACCUGGGGUCUUUGUGGCUUUGUUAUGUUUGAAAAUGAAUGUUAUGUGUCUCCAGUGCAAGAACAUCAUACCUUUCAGGCGUAAUCACCCAUGCAUGAGUUCAUGGGCUAGAAUGGCUCCUGUAGUUAGUAACCUUGGAAGACCAUAGAGAACAAGAAUUGCAGUGACUUCACAUCUCCUGAUAUGCUUCUGAGGCUGUGUUCUCAUCCCAACAAGCCGGUGCCGGCCUAUCCUCGAUCUCCUUUGAACCUGUUGGGAAGAGAUCAAACAACUUCAUAACAAAAUUAAAACGAAAUUCGGACUGAUAGAAGUGGCAAGUCAUGAUGCAGGAAUGAACAUACACUAGUAACAGUCUGCUCUUCAGAAAGACAUAGCCCCCUUGUCUCAAGCAUGUGAUGAUACCCCUUGAUAUCACAAGCACUGGAAUGGCUAAGCAAGAGUGAGAGUAGCACCUCCAAUCGUGAGAAGGGCAAUACUUUUGUGCCCAAAAUGGGUGGCGGCAUCUGUACUCUAUCAAACCAGACGAAUUGGUUGGAAUAUGAUACAAUAUUAGAUAGAAGAGCAGAUUAUAAUUGGUCGCAAUGAUAUAAGGGCAAUCGGUACUUCUGAAAAUUUUAUAACUUUAUGUGAGUGUUGCCUAUUGGAAUUGCUGAUCAGUUUCAGGAAUGCAUAUGUUACUAAUUUAUUGGAUGACGAAAUCGCUGAAGUUGUUGAAAUGACAGUUUGAAAUUGCAAUGGCAGGAAUGGAGCUGGUCUAGGAUCUAUGAUUAGCUUAGGCAAUGAAGUCAAGUUCUUUCUUCAUCGAAAUUGCACUAUCAUAGAAAAUCUAGGAACUUGCUGGAUCUUAUACCACUCACUCAAACGAAAGCCAAGUUCUUUCUUCAUCGAAAUUGCACUGUCAUAGAAAAUCUAGGAACUUGCUGGAUCUUAUACCACUCACUCAAACGAAAGCCAACUCAUGAGCUUGAAGUUUGCACAGACCCAUCAUGCCAUGUGCUUGAAAGACAACGGUUAAUAUUGGGGGUCGUGGAGAUUCGAACACAUGACCUUUCGGUUCUAGGCUCUGAUACCAUGUCAAGAACCAGUUAAUCCCAAUAACUCGAGUUGUUGGGAGAAGAUUAUGCUGGAUCUUAUACCACUCUCUAACAACUAUCAGACUAUGCUCGCAACCUAAAACUAGGAGUGCUCUGUCUAGGAGCAGAAAGAGUGGAGCCAAGAGAUUUGCUAAUACUGAAAAGGCACCUAAGUGACCUCUAUAUUUAAUACUUAAAGGUACUUACGCUCUUAGCAUGUUCUACGAAACGAGGGGACUUUGUGAUUAGUUGUUCCAACUUCUAAGCUUCAUAAUACGCUUGUUUGAUGGGCUUUUUGUAUGAUGUAUUCGAGGCUGUUUUAGUGGUGGUUGGUUUGUGUUUAUUUACCUCGACAUGGUGUUUGUACUCUAAUUGGGCAUGUUUGUUAAACGUUUUGGUUAUGUUAUGAGCUUUCUCAAUCGGAUGAGGUUUCAUAAGGGAUUUUAUUAUUGACACUUAUCUCUUUAGGGAAUGUAAUUCGAUGGAUGCAUGUGCUCUCUCUAAAUUAUUUGAGUAUAUUAUUGUUAGAGAGUUUUGAAUUGUUCGGAACUCAUCAAAAUUUCAAUAAACCUUAAUAUUUUUUCGAAAAUUUAGUUAAUAAACAUUGAAGUUACUCACCAAUUCACUUAGCAGACAUUAGAGGGUUGGUUAGUAGAGUUAUUAAUUGGAAAAUUUAGCCCCCUUAGUUAUGGGCUUAUUCACCAAAUCCGGUCCGUCAACAAGCCCAAUUAAAAGGUGAAAACGGAGAAGGCAAAAAACAGUUGGCAGAGUAAAAUGAAAUGUUCAAGAAGUAGAGUGAUUUAGCCAUUUAGGUGAUCGCGGCUGCGCUUUGCCUCUUUUGGGGCAUUCUAUUUCUCUAAUCCAUCCAGUUCAAUUCAAAGGAACGCCCAAUUAGAAGAAAAAAAAGACCCAAGAAUUUUUUUUUUAUGCGAAUCCCGCAAAAUCAGAAGACAAGCAGUUGGCUCCCCUCCAACUGGGCGUUUUGAAUUUCAUUCAAAUUCCGCAACUUUCAGCCGUCUUUGAUUAACUGUUCGGACGGCUGUCUAAAGGGAAACCCAAAUUGUCUGCACGUUAGAUGAUGAAGCUGGCAGAUCCAUCAAUGGCGCUACUUGCAGCUAGUGGCGGCGAUGCUGUCAAGCUCUUCAAUGUUUCAGUGGAGUCAGGGGACCCCUGCACCUUGACUUACACUCCCUCACCUGGUUUCCUGGUCAAUUCCGUUAAGUGGAACCACACUAAUUUAGUUGUCGCAAGUGCCGGCGAAGACAAGAAGAUUUCGCUGUGGAGGAAAAAUGGUCAGAGCAUGGGCACAAUUCCCAUCUCUGGGACGGACAGUGGAGACGGCAUUGAGGAAUCCAUAUCGGCUAUUAGCUUUAGUAAUAAAGGAUCCAGAUACAUAUGUUCUGGUGGAAGUGGCCAAGUUGUAAGAAUAUGGGAUCUACAGAGGAAACUCUGCAUUAAACGGUUGAUGGGUCAUACAAAUACUAUUACAGGCACUAUGUACAACUGUAAAGAUGAUCACUUGGCAUCCAUAAGUCUAAGUGGAGAUCUCCUUGUUCACAACCUUGCAUCGGGCGGAAGAGCUGCAGAACUGAAGGACCCCAACAACCAGGUACUGAGGGUGCUGGAUUAUUCACGGCUCAGCCGUCACCUCUUGGUUACUGCAGGUGAUGAUGGAUCGGUACAUUUAUGGGACACUACAGGACGCCAUCCGAAGAAUUCUUGGUUGAAGCAACAUUCUGCACCAGCAGCUGGUGUUAGCUUCUCUCCAUCAAAUGAUAAGAUUAUAGCCAGUGUUGGCCUGGAUAAAAAGUUAUAUACAUUUGAUUCUGGGUCCAGACGGUCCUCCUCUUGUAUUUCUUAUGAGGCACCUUUUUCCUCACUGGCAUUUAGAGAUGAUGGGUUGGUUCUUGCAGCUGGAACCAGUAGUGGCAGGGUUGUCUUUUAUGAUGUCCGAGCAAAACCACAGCCUUUCACAGUUCUUCGUGCUUAUAACAGCUCAGAGGCUGUUACAAGUUUAUGCUGGCAAAGAUCAAAACCAGUUGUUGUAAAUGAGAACUGUACAGCAGAGAUGGCUCUUCUUGGUGGAUCUGUUGAAGAUUCUAUACUUAUGCCUGACCCACUUCCCUCCAUGUCCUCUGCUAGUCAUUCAGAAGUUCCCUCCCUUUCAGGAACUGGCAGUGGGUCAACCUUGCAUCCUGUUAUUUCUUUCAGUGAAGAAACGCCCCUUCGACGGCCAGGUGGACCAUUAACGAGAUUAAAGGCUCCACGUACUAGUUAUAAUUUCAUGGAUGACAUGGAAGUAUUCUCACCACUUGUGGAGGUUCAGCCUAUCACACCUUCUCUUGACAAGUAUUGGGAUAAUCAUGAGGGAUCAAAGUUAGAUAAUGUAUUAGCUGACAAGAAGCCUUCAUCCUUCGUGUUUCCCUCAUCAAGCAGCAGGAGAUUUCCCUUUGCCGAAGACGGAAUCAUCAAUGAACAUCCAAUAUAUGAUUGGAAACCCAGUUCAAGUUCCAGACAGGAUGACAGCAGAUCAUCCCAUGCCCACCAAAGUGGGUCGACUCCUCCUCCAUCUUCCAAAAAUGCAGAAACCUCAAUAACUCCUCCAGAAUCUUGGGGUGGUGGUGAGAGAUUUGAUAAGAUUGCACAUCUUCGCCAGACAUCAAAUGUUCUUCCACCUCGCUUGGGGAUCACAACUUCUUCUGCAAGUUUCACUUCAGUAGGCUCUAUGCUGCUCUCAGGCAUGCAAGACGUAUCCUCCACCUUGAUGAAUCAAACAAGCAUGAGCUCAGUAACGACUAGUUUGGCAAAUGCGAGACUUAGAGAUGUUACUAUUAGUCAGGAGACAUCGAUUGCUUAUCCAGAACAAUUUCCAUCCUUCGGUCACUUGUCAACUCUGCCCCUGGGUUCUGCAAAAAGCAUUGCGGGGCUGACUAGUAGUAUUGAAGCACCAUCAGGGCUACUGGCAUCAUCAAGCCUAGCCCGUAGAUUUUCAACAUAUGCAGAGAGAAUCAGCACCACUUCCUCUUUUAGUGAUGGGAUAUCCCUUGGGGUUGCUUCUCCCAAAGUGAAGAAAACUGGAUCUGAAACCAGGGAAGACCUCUUGAAUAGCCUCUCAUCAAGGUCCGAGUCCUUGGCUGCUGUUGCUGCUGAGCCAGGAGUUCUUCCAUUAGCAAAUGGAGGGGUAGCACAGCCUCAUAAGGCUCUUCUACAACCUUCUGAUAUGCAGCAGCAGCAGCAGGGGAGUUCAUUUCCUCUUCAGCUAUUUCAACGUCAACUGGAAGAAACUCUGGGUACAUUCGGGGAGUCUCUACGCGAAGACAUGCGGAACAUACACAUUGAAGUCCUUAGACAAUUCCAUAUGCAGGAGUGCUUGUAUCUUGAGAAGCAAACUGAGAUGACGAAGCAAAUUGAGUCCCUGCAGAAGGAAGUCCAGGAACUCCGACAGUUGUUAAGACGGUGACCUCAUUUGUUUUGAACCCUUAAUGAUGGUGAUGAUGAUCAGAGUUGUGGAGUGAGCAGUCUUUUGUGGGACAGCAUAUUACAAAUACGCUUGCUCUUCUUCAGACGGGUGGUGGUGGUGUUUUUGGGUGUUCUGUUGUUUUGGUUAAUGAUUAAGAGGGUGUGGGAGUUAAAAUUAAAAACAGGCCUCCAGCUGAGGCAAAGUAGAGGGGAAAUGGCAUUCAUUAUAUGCCUGGCAUCGGCACCAGUUGAGCAUAUUUGUUUCUUGAUUCUGUACAGGCACAUUUGCUCAGGUCCAAUGAAAUGAGAUUAUUCUUUCUUUAUUCCGUGGAAGUUUUCAGUUUUCUCCAUCCAUUUACCAUGCCCAUGGUUCAUUUCUUCAAUGGUUACAAACCUGUGAAACUUCGUCGCAUAGGGGAAACUACUCGUCAAUAGCUGUGGAUUAUGGUUGAGUCUCACAGAGAAAGAAGAGUUCACAAGCCUUUGUAUGAUCCUAGUUUGUUUGAGCAAUCUGGGUGGAAAUGAAUCCAUUUGAAAGUUCUCAAGCAUUGAAAUCCACUCAGAUCUUGCACUAGAAUGAAUUUGAAGUCUCAUU